AUGACCAUCAUCAUUAUUGGCGCCCAGAUAGGAGAGACGUUCUGGAAGACGAUUCUUCGCGAGCAUGGAAUGGACGAUUCCGGAGCAUAUGUGGGGAGUGACCCUCUUCAACAAGCAAGUGCGGGGGUUUAUUUCAAUGAAGUCGGGGGACGAGGUUCAAGUCCAAAGUAUGUCCCAAGAUCGGUGCAACUUGAUUUGGAAGCAGGCGUUUGCAAUCAUCUACGAUCUGGACCCUUGGGGCAUCUCUUUCGCCCAGACACAUUCAUCCAUGGCGAGAGCGGGGCAGGAAAUAACUGGGCCAAGGGCUAUUAUACCGAAGGCGCAGAGCUAGUGGAUCAAGUCCUUGACGUUCUACGUCAGCAAGUCGAGAACUGUGACAGUUUCCAAGGUUUCCAGUUUAUUCAUUCCCUAGGUGGUGGUACAGGGUCAGGUCUUGGUGCUCUACUUGCUGGGAAAGUUCGCGAAGAGGUUCCCGAUGCCAUGAUUGCAACUUUCUCGGUGUUGCCUUCUGCUAAAAUGUCCGACACAGUCGUCGAGCCCUAUAACUCCAUGCUGGCGAUUCACCAAUUGACAGAGAACAGUGAUUUGGCAAUUUGUAUCGACAAUGAGGCUCUUUAUGACACCUCCCACCGUCUUGGUUAUAAGACACCAGAGUUCGAGAAUUUGAACCAGAUCAUUGCAACCGUCAUGGCUGGGGUAUCAACGAGUUUACGAUUCCCUGGGCAGCUAAACGGUGACUUGCGCAAGCUUGCUAUGAAUUUAGUCCCAUUCCCUCGAUUGCACUUCCUUGCGCCAUCAUAUGCUCCAAUCGUCGCUCCAGGGAGCCGGGCAUUCCAAUCGCAAUCGAUCCCGGAGCUGACGACCUCCAUGUUUGACCGCAAGAAUAUGCUCGUAGCAUUAGACCCUCACCACGGGCGUUAUCUUACCGCUGCGGCUAUCUAUCGUGGCAGUGUGAACUCCAGGGAUGCUGAGGCAGCAAUUGGCGACAUGAAAAGAAAGAAUUCAUCAUAUUUUGUCGACUAUAUCCCGGAUAACGUCUCAAUAACUUUAUGUAGCGUGCCUCCCGUAGGACAGAAGCAGGCUGCAACGUGUCUUGGAAAUACGACUGCAAUCGCCGAAGUCAUCCAAAGGACGCAAGUUCAGUUUUCCGCCAUGUUUAAGCGUCGUGCAUUCAUGAUCUGGUACAUGAAUGAAGGCAUGGACGAGAUGGAGUUCACAGAGGCGGAAAACAACGUUCUUGAUUUGAUGUCUGAGUACCAGCAAUACCAAGAGGCAGAGUAA